UUUUUUUCAUUUUUCACUUUUUCAAAUUAAUCAAUUUAUACACUUUUCUAUUACCAGCUUGAUACAGUAUAUAUUCCCAUCUUAAUUGUGAAAUGUUUCAUUGAGGAUUGCUCAGUAAUUGAGUAAAACCAAAACUUAUUAUAAGCCACAGUCGUCCUAGGGUCCCCCAUGCUAUAUAUAUAUAUAGUCUCCAUGGUUCUGUGGGUUGUAGUCUGAUUGUUCUUUAUUUUAUAUCUAGAAUCCACUUAUGAGUGAGUACAUACCAUGUUUGUCCUUCUGGGUUUGGGUUACCUCACUCAGGAUGACUUUUUCUAAUUUCAUCCAUUUGCCUGCAAAUUUCAUGCUUUCAUUGUUUUUCUCUGCUGAGUAGUACUCCAUUGUGUAUAUGUACCACAUUUUCUUAAUCCAUUCAUCAGUUGACGGGCAUCUAGGUUGUUUCCAGGUUCUGACUAUUACAAAUAGUGCUGCUAUGAACAUAGUUGAGCAUAUAUCUUUGUGGUAUGAAUCAGCGUUCCUUGGGUAUAUGCCCAAGAGUGGUAUGGCUGGGUCUUGAGGUAGUUUGAUUCCUAAUUUUCUGACAAACUGCCAUACUGAUUUUCACAGUGGUUGUACAAGCUUGCAUUCCCACCAACAGUGGAGGAGUGUUCCCUUUGCUCCACAUCCUCUCCAACAUAGACUGUCAUUAGUGUUUUUGAUCAUAGCCAUUCUGACAGGUGUAAGGUGGUAUCUCAGAGUCGUUUUGAUUUGCAUUUCUCUGAUGAUUAAGGAUGUUGAGCAUUUCUUUAAAUGUCUUUCAGUCAUUUGUGAUUCUUGUUUUGUGAAUUCUCUGUUUAGGUCUUUAGCUCAUUUUUUAAUUGGAUUGUUUAGUAUUUUGAUGUCUAGUUUCUUGAGUUCUUUAUAUAUUGUGGAGAUCAAUCCUCUGUCAGAUGUGGGGUUGGUGAAGAUCUUUUCCUGUUCUGUAGGCUGUCUUUUUGUCUUAUUGACUGUGUCUUUUGCCCCGCAAAAGCUUCUGAGUUUCAAGAGGUCCCAUUUAUUAAUUGUUGUGCUCAGGGUCUGUGCUGUUGGUGUUAUAUUUAGGAAGUGGUCUCCGGUGCCAAUAUGUUCAAGAGUACUUCCUACUUUCUCUUCUAUUAAGUUUAGUGUAACUGGAUUUAUGUUGAAGUCUUUGAUCCACUUGGACUUGAGUUUUGUGCAUGGUGACAGAUAUGGAUCUAUUUGUAAUCUUUUACAUAUUGACAUCCAGUUAUGCCAGCACCAUUUGUUGAAGAUACUUUAUUUUUUCCAUUGUAUAGUUUUGGCUUCUUUGUCAAAAAUCAGGUGUUCAUAUGUGCAUGGAUUAAUGUCAGGGUCUUCAAUUCGAUUCCAUUGGUCCAUAUGUCGGUUUUUAUACCAGUACCAAGGUGUUUUUGUUACUAUAGCUCUAUAGUAGAGCUUGAGGUCAGGCAUGGUGAUGCCUCCAGAGGUUGUUUUAUCAUUCAGGAUUCUUUUAGCUAUCCUGGGUCUUUUGUUUUUCCAUAUGAAGUUGAGUAUUUUUCUUUCCAAGUCUGUGUGUGUUGGGACUUUGAUGGGGAUUGCAUUGAAUCUGUAGAUUGCUUUUGGUAAGAUUGCCAUUUUUACUAUGUUAAUCCUACCUAUCCAUGAGCAUGGGAGAUUCUUCCAUUUUCUGAUAUCUUCUUCAAUUUCUUUCUUUAGAGAUUUAAAGUUCUUAUCAAAAAGGUCCUUCACUUGUUUAGUUAGUGUUAUCCCAAGGUAUUAUAUAUUAUUUGUGGCUAUUGUAAAGGGUGAUGUUCCUCUUACUUCUUUCUCAGCCCUUUUAUUAUUUGUGUAAAUACAUGAUUCUUAUACAUUCCCCCAGAAGAAGCAUGUAAAAAAAAAAACAUUAAAGUAUGGCUAAAGCAUAUUACCAGAGGCUUGCAUUGGGUGUCCUUAUCAGUUGAUCUUUCUUAAUACUCUAAAACAGGCUUUCUUGCUGAACUUGGAGCUCACUAGCUGAGAAGGGCUGGUUGUCCAGAAAACUCAGAAAUCUGCCUGCCUCCUUGGCACUGGGAUUAUAGCAGCCCACCACCACACUUGGCCUUCUACAUGGAUUCUUGGGAUCCAAAUUAAUGUCCUUAGGCUUAUGUGGCCAGUAAUUUUAUUAAUUAAGCCACCUCUUCAGCCCUAAACUUAUGUUUUGUUUUGAAGAAAAUCUGAAAUAUGCAUUUGGUGCAUAAACUUCCUCUAUUCAUGCUCUGAUCUUCCAGUAAUUUUUGUUUGAGCAUUGUGUGUGUGUGAGUGUGUGUGUGUGUGUGUGUGUGUGAGAGAGAGAGAGAGAGAGAGAGAGAGAGAGAGAGAGAGAGAGAGAGAGAGAGACGAGGAGGGGGGAGAGAGACUGUCACCUAGGCUGGCCCCCAUCUUACAUGUGCUGGUAUUAUACCACCAUGCUCAAUCCCUUCCAUGUAAACUGCUGAAGUUGAACUCACCAACCACUAAUAGUGUCAAAUUAUGUCACAUAUGGUGCACUCCAGUGGCACAAACUCCAGUUAGUAAUGAGCCCAUCAAGAGACAUCAAUGACCUGUGUUGGGUACCACCAAAGGCAAGGUGAAAGUCAGUUACCAGCUUUAUGAGCCCAAACUAGGAGAAUUGCUGUAUCAGAGUGGGCUACUUAAUAUGGGGAAGUGCUUCCCCAUUUUGUAGUCAUUGCUGUUUUAACUAUAUUAGUCAACUGGUUUAGCACAUUCUGAUUUAGUAUUCAUUUUUUAUCAAAUGUGGAAACACUUUUCUUCUUGUUUUAUUAAUCAUCAUAUUCAUUCAAUAAAAAUGUAAUGCCAGGUAUAUAGCAAUCAUGGGUCACAAAUAAUGCCUAAAUAGUAAAUGCAAGACAUAGAGGAUCCACUCCCAUCUGGGGGUCAUUUUGUUUUUUAUGCUUUAGUUCUGCAUGCUCAUAGUCUAGCCAGGCAGAUUCUAUGUUAAGUUCUAAAGUGUCUUGUAUUACCUUUUUUUUUCCUAAUAGGCUAUCCAAAAGUAGCAUCUGACUAACAGUGUGUAUGAAAAUGCUGCAAUGAAACCCAUAACUUGAUAUGCUAACCGAAGAUUAAUUUAAAGGGGGGGGGGAUGAAAAGAGAAACUGGCAAGUAAUGUAAGUGGCCGGUUUAUAGAGAAAGAAGUACAAAAGACUAUUAACAAGUUCAAACUCUCUCAUAAUAAAUAAACUGAAACUCCAUACCUCCAUAGGUCACGUUCACCUAUGGCUGCUUGGCAACAACCCAAGUUUGUCAGUAUACUCUUCGGGGAAGGAUGAGAACCUGCUGCUCUCAUGCAUUGAUUCUGAGUGAGGAAAUUGGCACAAGCUCUAAAGAAUCAGUAUCUACCAAAAUGGGAAUGCAUAUUCUUCUCUGGGUUUUGGGAUCAAAUACAGGAAGGAUUGUGCAUGCUGGGCAAGUGCUCCACAACUCAGCCACACAUUGAGCCCUUGGUUCUUUUAGACCCAAGAAUAGGGCUGGGAAGAUGGCAUUAGGACCUGAGUUUCCAUCCCUGGAACUUACAUAAAAAUCUCUAUACUGAGACUGACCAUCUUACGAUCCAUUCACAGUAUUUUUUUCAAAAAAUAAAACUUUUGCUUAAAUCAUUUAUACCGUUUAUUUAGUUCCUUGAGCAUAGAUGUAAACUGUUAUUUAAAGACCUGGUCUGAUAAUUCCAGCAUCGAGGUCAUUUUAGAGCUGUGAUGGUUAAUCUUGUUUUUUUGGACUGAGUUAAGAGAUGCUGAGGGGUUAAUAAAACACACUUCCAGUUGGAUCUAUGAGGGUAUUCCCAGACAGGACCAAAGGUGGGGGAACACCUGAGGGGAAAAGACCCACUCCGAAUGUGGGGAGCACCACUCAAUAGGCUGGGAGUACAGAUGAAGAAAGUGGGGGAAAGCUGGUUAGCUUUGCUUGCUCCCCCUUCUUGACUGAAUGCAUCACUGCUGUUAUCACCAUGGAUGCAGACUCCUCCUUCUUCACCCCUUCCAUGCAGACUCACAGCUGUGAGUCUCUGGGAAGCUUCUAGACUUCAGCGUUGGACUAUGCCCAUCAUUGCUCAAGUCACUGCCAUUAUGAGGCUUCUGGCUUCUUGGAAUGAACAACUAUUUGGCUCGACUACUACCAGGCUCUGUGGUUUCCCAACACAAAGAAUUCCCCAUAUAGUUUUUCUCUUUCUUUUGGGCCUAUCCCUCUAGAGACCUGGAUAAUGAAGGUGGCAUUUCUUUUAGUGGGGUGUUGUUUGUUUCUUGUAAUGUUUUAUAAUUUUCUAGAUCUUUAUUUAUCAAAUUAUUUUAGAUUUUAUCCUGGAAAUGAUGGAUGUUAUUUUGUACAUACUUCAAGUUCUGUUUUAUUCUUAGAGAAAAAAAAAAAACCAAAUAAACCAACAACGAUGUGUUUAGAUUUGUACUGUCAACUUCAUCUCACAUUUUGUGGGUAGCAAUUCCAAUCUCAGUUCAUUUUUUAAGAUUCUGAGUUUGUCAUGCGCAUGGUGUUUUGGGGGCUAGUCCUGGAGUCCCACGUGGGUUCGCACACAGCAGCAGGACUCCUUUCCGUACAUAGUUCCCGCCUUCUACAAUUUGCCCAGGUGUGGCUGUUGGAUGCUGCUUUGGCUGGAUUUUAGACUGCACAGUGGUGAAUCAGACUCUAUUAUGGGUUUGGCCACUCCUGCUCUGCCACCUAGGAGUGCAGUCCACUCCUGAUGCAAAUGUCCCUUCCCCAAACAAGUAUUAAAGGGGACAUUCAGUCAUGUACUUCUUUAUGUUCUGACUCCCCUCUACAACUAUUUAUAUUUUUUUCUGACUCACUCUCACAGUAGCUUUUACAGUGUCUGGGUUUACAGGUAUCAUCAGGAUGAGAAAUGUUUUGUAAAGUUUCUAUCAUCAUAUAAACUCCUUUUGUUUGACAUAUAAACAUAUAUUGUCCAUGCUAAAAAUUACAUUAAUAUAAUGAAGAGUAUGUGGCAGUGGCCAGUUUCUUAAACUGGGUAAUAUUUAAAAAGAGAUGUUUUACAAUUGUUUUGUAUGUUUAUAUACUUCAUAUGUUACAUACUUUGCAUGUUACUUCUUAUCAUGUAUCCUUUUUAAGAUGUCAUGCUGACUAUUCUUGGUUGUCAACUUGACUACAUCUGAAAUUAACUAAGUGAUUGGGUACAAUUGUGAAGGAUUUUUUUAAAUUAAAUCAUAUUAAGUGGGAAGACCCACUUUUAAUCUGGAUUUUUAAGGUGGGAAGAUACAUCUUUAAUCCAGAUCUUUUGAGGUGGGAAGGGCCACACCUUUCUGCUGGCAGUUUGUAUAAAGGACAGGAAAGAAGGAAGCUUGCUCUCUUUGCCUGGCUGCUCGAUGGCAAGUCCAUUCUUUCACUGGCAUUGGAGCCUACUCCUUCAGGAUUCCAGGGUAUACUAAUGAUCAUCUGGGACAUCCAGACUGUGGACCUUCCUUUGGUAGACAGUCAUUGUUGGAUUAGCUGGACCAUAUCCUAUAAGUCAUUCUAAUACAUUCUGUGUGUAUGUGUUUGUAAACAUACAAAGUAAUUCUCAAACAUCUCAUUAUCAUAUAUAUGUAUAUUCAUUCUAUCAGUUCUGUUCCUCUAGAGAACCUAAUAAAGAUGUUUUACAAUAUGAAAAAUGAAGUGUGCCUCUUGAUAAUGAAACCUUUGGCUCCUCACUUAAUGUUUUCCUAAUAUUUUGUGAUGAAAUAAUGUAUUUAUACCAAUAAAUUAAAUAAAAAGAUAAUCUCUUGAAUUAUAAGUAAAUACAUCCCUUAAGUCUUACAUCAGCAUGAAUAACUCAGUAAAGCAUAUUUAAAAUGAGUUUAAGUAAGCAAUGCUCUGUAGUAUUUAAAAUAGUACAGCACACAACUACAGCCUGAGGUUUUGGUUCAAAGUUUCAUUCUGUUUCUUACUGGCAGUGUGACCUUGACUAAGUGACUUUCCUUGUUGUUAAAUGGAGAAAGCAAUAGCUACCUCUCAGGGUACUGGGGAGGUUAGUUAGGUCAGGGACAUAGUGUAUCUAUCUCAUGUAGCACCAGGCACCUAUAAGAUACUCAGUAAAUAGAAACUAUUACUAGUAGGAACACUAAUGCUUCCUCAUGAACCCCAAAGGAUUUAGUCUAUGACCUGCUUACUCAACUACUAAUCUUCAUCAAAAUAGAGAUGUCCCCUCACCUCCAGAAAUCCGAUCUGCAAGUAAAUUCAGCAUUAAAAGGGCACGUUUUCAUCGACUGCGCCAUCUAGUGGUAUACAUUAUGUUCAAGGCUAGGCACCCACAAAAAGUAAAACUUCACACUGAGUUGAAACAUCAGUAGGCUGGAGCCAACUGGCUGAAGUCAGAAAGGUAGGAGGAGAGUUAUCACACAUCUUUUAAGCAGCUCGCUUCACAACAGCUAGGGGGUGGCUUUUGUAUUUUAAAACUUUCUAGUAUAUUUGUGGCAUUUACCAUACCAAAUCCCAAUAUUUUUACAACAUUGAUUUUUCCUCUUAAGGAAAAACUGAGCCCAUUUUAGUAACAAAUAUAGUAAGGAACAAGAAUAAAUUAUGUGUGGGGGGGAAUCAGGAUACAAUAAAACACACAAGUCAUUGUGAAAAGUGCCAUCAAAAAGUACAGCCUGUCAUACAGUCUAGUGUGAGAAGACGUUUGGGAGGCUUAGACAAGAAUAAAAUCUUGCAAGUCUUGAAAGAGAACGUAAUUGAAAAACUGGAGUAUUACGCAAACAGGAUGGCAUGUGUAAAUCCUGAUGCAAAACAAGUACAGCAGCCACGUAAGAAAAUGGGGGAGGGCCUCUGCAGAGAGCUCAAAAAGGACAGCCAUUGUACGAAGGUCAGACUAGUGAAGUUGGCAGGGACUUAACACGUGCUCAAGAGUUUGAAUAUCAUCCCAACAGUGAGAAGAUGGAAGGCUGUAAGCAGGAAGGCACCAAUUUGAUUUGGCACUCUAAUUUACGUUUUCAAAAGUUCACUUGUGGGAAAUAACUUAGGCAGAGGGCAAAAAACGUCUGCCCAGAUGGGCGGCAGUAAUUUGGGCCAACACAGUGAAAGCUGAGAAAGGGGAAGAGGAAGUCGGAGAGUAAAAAGAAGAGCCGAGGGACAGAGAGGUGGAGAAAUAUUUAAGAGGCAAAUGGAUAAAGCCUGAGGAUGGCGAACUAAAUGGAUAGACAAUGCCAUCUCACUGAGCACAAGUGGCUGGAGGUGCUUUCCUGGGGGGACUAACAGGACGGAGGACUAGACUUUUCUUGAAAAGGGAACUCUGAUCCAGGCAGGGCAACCACGAAGUACCACUCAGAACCCACGGGUGCUCCAAAGGUCUAAUUCAGACCUGUACCCCAGUGACACUCCUGCUGCACCGAUAACCUUCGCCGAGCUUAGCCCUGCAAUGCCCUUGGCUCCCUCCCGCAGCCAAUUUCACUGCGUUUUGAAUUUUCCAAGUCCAGUGCAAAGGACAUUUUAAAGCAGACCUUCCUCCCGGCAGUCCUUUCGUCUGUCUCUCCCGCUACACUGCACAUUCCCGGACAGCACAGACUGAGCGCCCACCUGCGUGCCCCGCGAGGCCAGUGCAGCGCCCUGCCAACACCACACAACCCACCAACUUACACCAGCCACCUUCCCGAGCGGAGCACCCACAUACGAGCCUCUCUACUACCCAGCCCGGGCCCGCCGGAAGUGACGCGUCGGGGAAGGUGUACUUCCGGUCUCCACGGCCGCGCCCACGUCCGGGGCCGGGCUUCUCUGGCUUGCUGUCUCAGCUGCUCUGGAGGACUCACACGGGAUUGGUAAAGUACCUUUGCUGAAAUCAUGACCAGAUGGGCUAGAGUGACUACCUCGAAUAAUAAGAGACCCUUGUCUGCGACAUCAUGGGAGGACAUGAAGAAGGGGUCUUCAGAGAGCCCAGACCACAACCUCCCAAAGCAUAAACAGCGUCAGAUCAGUAGGCUGUCCCUUAAAAAUGAUGCGCCUCAAGGAAAACAUAAAAAGAACAAAAAGAAAAAAGAGUACUUAAAUGAAGAUGUGAAUGGAUUCAUGGAAUACCUAAAACAGAACUCGCAGAUGCUUCGCCAUGGAGAGUUGAUCGCGACAGACAGCCAGGAAGUACGGGAAGAAAUCGCGGUGGCCUUAAAGAAAGACAGUCGGCGGGAGGAAAGACGGUUAAAAAGACAAGCAGCGAAGAAAAACGCAAUGGUGUGUUUCCACUGUAGAAGACCUGGCCACGGAGUUGCCGAUUGCCCGGCUGCACUCGAGAGUCAGGACAUGGGCACUGGCAUUUGUUACCGCUGUGGGUCCACAGAGCACGAGAUCACCAAAUGCAGGGCCAGCGUGGACCCCGCGCUCGGUGAAUUUCCUUUUGCAAAGUGUUUUGUCUGUGGAGAAAUGGGGCACCUGUCCAGGUCCUGCCCUGAUAAUCCCAAAGGAGUCUAUGCUGACGGUGGUGGCUGUAAACUCUGUGGCUCUGUAGAACAUUUUAAGAAAGAUUGCCCUGAAAAUCAAAAUUCAGAUCGAGUGGUCACAGUUGGUCGCUGGGCAAAGGGAAUGAGUGCAGACUAUGAAGAAGUUCUGGAUGUGCCCAAACCACAGAAGCCUAAAACUAAAGUACCCAAAGUUGUCAAUUUUUAAUAAGAAUCAGUACUGUUGUUAAUCACCACCUCACUGUUACUUUCCAAAGUAGGCCUUUACAGGCCAGAGCUGGGUGCCUGUGGAGGCAAGCCUGUAUUACAGACACCACUCUGACCUUGGCAGGGUCAAAUUGCCUGCAUUCUGUCGAUCAAGGAGUAUGGGGUGUGUGGACACUGUGUGUGUGUGUGUGUGUGUGUGUGUGUGUGUGUGUGUGUGUGUGUGUGUGUGUCUGUAUUUGAUACAGAUUCUGUGUAGCUCAGGUUGGCUUCAAACUAGUAGCCCUGCCUCGGUGCCCUGGGUCCUAAGGUUACAGGCGUGUGCCUAAGAACAUAAUUUAACAGACAGAACUUGGACGUAACUAAGUGACUGUCACCUCUGUAAAUCUAUUCAUCAAAACUGAUCACCCCUAAACAAAGCACACAGCUUCAAGUCUGUGAAUAAGUAGAAUUUUGUUAUUCUUAAUUCAGAGUGUCAAUUUAUUGUAAUAGAACAUUAUUUAUAUGUUGUCACAAAGUCUGUAUUUUAGUACCGAAUAAAAUCUAUGAGCCGUUUGUCUAUAUUGAA